AUGCUAUCAUCAAAGCAACAACUGACAGCCGUGCUGCUCCUGGCUGGACGUGCGCUGGGACUGAACUUUACAAUUUCUAAUGGCCAGAUCUUUACACCUGGGUUUGUGGUGCUGGAUGCCCCUCAACCGAACACGCCGCUUGGAGGAGAUACGUUGCAUGUGGCUAUAGACGUGACGGCCAACGGCAAGCUGCCGUUGCCACCGCAUGACAAAGAUGACGAUAACCAGAUCUUCAGUAUCGAGAUGUUCCUCUACAGUUACAUGACAGGUCGCAACUUGACCAUCUCCAAUGGAACGGCCACCGCUAAUAAUGCAAGUCUCGGGGAGAUCAUGGCCCAAGAACCAGGCAGCACGGUCAAGCAUAUCAACUGGGUGUGGCCUGACUGUCUGGUUGGCGAUGGAGAACCUGAAGGAGAUAGUGACCGUGGUGUUUACAACAUUUCCAUCCGACAAAACUUCAGGCUCAACGGCGAUGACCACUAUACCAUCUUCGACGUUCCAAUCAAUGUCACCAACUCGAUUUCUGAGGAUGGUGAUCGGCCGUCUUGCGAUGAGCUAUCUAGUGAUAUACUCUCGCCCGAGGAAAUCGACGCAGAUGCAGCUAACAAAGUGGGCGUUUUGUUCGCGCCAGGUGACUCGACCGAGCUUGAAGCCAGUGGUGAGGAUUCCAAGGGAGCUGUCCUGGAUUCGAAAGUAGCGGUAUAUGCUGGACUGACUGCUCUUAACCCAGCUCUCCUACUUCCACUCGUGCUAUUCGCUCGCCUCACCAAGAAGGGUCAAGAUCUAUCCAUUCUUCAUCCUAGCGCCUCCGGUCACCUCAAAACGCUAUUCUACGUUGCUCUGGCGCGAUGGGCCAGUGGAUGGUGGUCCGAUAAGACCAGAAACAACUGGGUUGACGACAAAUAUGACUGGAAGCGCGAAGUUGUUCUCGUAACAGGUGGUGCAGGAGGUAUCGGAGGGCGAAUCGUGAAGCUAUUUGAGGAGAUGGGCGUCAAAGUUGUCGUUCUUGAUGUUCAGCCCAUGUCUUUCGAAGUUUCGGCCAACGUGCAUUACUUUCAAUGCGACCUACGAUCGCCCGAAAACGUCGAGGCCGUCGCCGAAAAGAUUAGAGCUGAGGUGGGACAUCCGACCGUCGUUAUCAACGUGGCUGGAGUUGUCAGGGGCAAGACUAUCUUGGAGUCUCAGCCCAGCGAUAUCCGCUUCACCUUUGACGUCAACACCUUUGCGCCCUUUUGGAUAGCAAAGACAUUUGUUCCUGAUAUGGUCGCUAAAAACCACGGCAUGGUUGUAACCCUGACAUCUUAUGCGAGCUGGUUGACAAUUCCUAACCUGGUAGACUAUGGUGCUUCGAAAGCAGCUGCUUUAGCUUUCCACGAAGGCCUGACCGCUGAGUUGACUACCAGAUAUAAUGCGCCCAAGGUCAGGACUGUUAUCGUUCAUCCAGGUCCCACCAACACUGCUCUUUUCAAGGGAUACUACCAAAACACUGACUUCUUGAUGCCACCACUUGCACCCGAGUCAGUGGCCGAUGCAGUGGUUAACCAAGUUCUCACAGGGCGUAGUGGGCAUGUUGUGAUUCCUGGUACGGGAACCAUUCUGGCUGCUUUACGUAUGCAACCGGAUUGGUAUGCAAUUCCCGUGAGAGCCAAGGCAGAGGCGUAUAUGAAGAACUUCAGCGGUCGUCAAGUCAUUGAGGACGUGGAUACAGCCAUUGAGAACGAUGGUGAGGAGAAGGAAGGUGACGGGAAUGCAAGCGCCAGUACGGUUUUGGUGUCCUGA